GUGAGUGGGAAAACAAACAGCAGACAACCAACAGUACUUCCUACUGCUGCGUACAACUCGAGUUUUUUCCCCCUCAUCUCGAGUCGCGUCUCUCACGCGUGUAGUGUUUACACUGAGUCCCGCUGAGCUCCGAGGACGCGUCCCAUCAUCACAGCGCUGCAGUUUACAUCCACACGCGGACCCACAUAGAUGGACCCGCAUCAUCUGAGGACUUGAGAGUGAUAUUACUGGUGUGCUUGUGUGUUUCCUUUUGUAAAAUGAGCGGAGGGGAAAUCAUCUGUCAGGGAUGGUUGAGAAAGUCGCCACCCGAGAAGAAGCUGCGGAGAUAUGCGUGGAAGAAGCGGUGGUUUAUCCUGCGUAGCGGGCGCAUGAGCGGAGACCCAGAUGUACUUGAGUACUACAAAAAUGACCAUGCCAAAAAGCCCAUUCGAAUCAUCGACCUGCACUGCUGCGAGCAGGUGGACGCCGGCCUCACCUUCAAACGCAAAGAGUUCCAGGACAGCUUUGUGUUCGACAUCAAGACAGCUGAGAGGACCUUCUACAUGGUGGCAGAAACGGAGGAGGAGAUGAACCGCUGGGUGCGCUCCAUCUGCCAGCUGUGUGGAUUCAACCAAUCAGAGGACAACCAUCACGAUGACAGAUCGUCAACCACCCACAUUUCCCGAUCCUUGGCUAAUGAUCUGGGUGGCUCUCUGGCCCCGCUGAUUGGUGAACGUAAAAUGUCUGUUCCUGCCCACUCCAGCCAGCCAAUGCUGUUCACAUUCGACAUACCUGUACGUCACUCCCAUAGUUCUCUGUCUAAUAGUGCUCCUCAGGACUACCUCUUCCUCCAUCAGUGCAUGAGCCGCAAGAGUGAGAGUGCACGGAGUGCCAGUUUCUCACAGGCCUCGCGCAGCAGUCUUCUGGUGGGCAGUGACUCAGCAGUUCAGAGACUCACUCAUGGUUUCUCUCAUUGUCUGAACGGCAUGGGCGCCCAGCUUCACGGUUUCUACAGCCUUCCCAAACCCAGCAAGCAUCAGCAGCCCCCUUCAUGGACUGACUCGCGUGACGCUUGCUAUGUUCUGCCCAGAGGUUACAGCUCAGAAGAGGCGUCAGAGCUUGAAUCAGAUGAUGUCUACACCUUUAAAACCCCCAAUAACACUCUAGCAGCACCCCAAGCCCUUGAUAACUAUGAUUUACCCAGCAUCCCUGGCUCCGUCUACCAGAUCCCCCGCACGUUUGAUAAGAACCACAAUGCCCUGAUGCCAUCCAGUGCCGACUCCACCAAUCCGCCUCCUCCCAGACCUCCCAAACCCAGUCAAAAUGGAGAGGUGUCCGUCAUCCCCAGGAGGAACACACUGCCGGCGGUGGAGAACAUCAAGCUUCACAGAGGAUCAUCUUUUGAGACCAGCAGUCACCAAAGGCCAGUCUAUUUCAACAAUUCUGGUCAGUCAGUGGAGUCUGUAAAUGAUGGCUUCAGCUCAUACCUGAGAACUAAAGCCCCAUUGACCCGCUCCGAUAGUGCCGGCUCUGAGGAUAACUACGUACCCAUGAAUCCCGGCUCAUCCUCCUCCCCUCUCAGUGCCGCCCUGGCUGACAGUCCUAAAAGUAAUUAUAUUCCCAUGAGCCCAGGUCCUCACCAUUUUGAUUUCCCAGGAUUUUCAGCAACGUUGCCGGCCAGGAAGGGCAGUACAGCAUCACUAUGUCUCCGGCCCGGCCGACUCAGUGACGUCACGCCGCCACCAAUCAACCGCAACCUUAAACCUAACCGGACGUCAAAACCAACACCUCUUGAUUUAAGGAACAAUGGAAUUAUUGAUGAACUUCCCUUCAAGAGCCCCAUCACCAUGUCUUGGAUCAGACCAACGCCUUUGAACUCCAUCUCGUUACAGGCCUGUCGGCCCAUUUCAACCCAGAGCAUCACCAGCACUGAUUCUGCAGACAGUGAGGAGAAUUAUGUGGCAAUGCAAAACCCAGUGUCUACCUCCCCAGCGAUGAGUGGAACCAACAGUCCUGCGCCCAGGAAUUGUGGUAAUGUGGACUAUUUGGCCCUGGACUUUCAGCCUGGCUCCCCUGGUCCACACAGAAAGCCGUCCACCUCUUCAGUGACCUCAGAUGAAAAAGUGGACUAUGUCCAAGUGGACAAAGAGAAGACACAAGCCCUUCAAAACACCAUGCAGGAGUGGACAGAUGUGCGACAGUCAAGCGAACCGGCUAAAGGCAUCAAGUCCUGAUGAUUUUCUAAUGUUCACAUUGAAUGUGUUCCUCCCUGUCACUCAAAAUGCUGUUAUACUGUUACACCAUGAUAUAAACUGAUUUUCCUCUGACAAAAUAGCGAAUGAUACACCAACUAAAGCCAUAGAUCCAGUUUAUUUGGUCUUUUAAGGACAAAAAAACUCUACUAAACCUCCUAGACGGUCUUGCCAUGCAUGUUAGAAAUGUUUAACUUUAAAGUGCAGUGAAACCAAAAUUUAGCUACUUGCUCUCUCAGAGUGUGAGUGAAGAACCAUAAGCAGUGAAUAUUUAAAUCUAGUUAUAGGUGAUGUGUGCAAUUUUUUGCAAUGUUAAAAUACUUUCAUCACAUCUUAAAAUUCAGAGAAAGCUAGAAAUCUGUUUGAUUUCUUUAGUUUGAUUCACCCAGAAAAGUGCAAACACUGUGACUCUGUCGAAACAUAGCCAUUUGAUUUUGCAUCCUGAACAGCCUGACAAGGCAACACUGGCUCAACCAGUCCCAUUAGUUUCGGACAGGACUGUCUGACCAAUCGCAUACAUGGGGAUUGUUCAGGAAACCUGUUUGAAACUCAAAAAUGUUAUCUGUUUAGUGGCAAUAGUUGCACAGGAAUUACACACCUCACCUUUAACAGUAUUAUAAGGGCAGAACAUCACUUCAAACAGAAGUUUUUCUGAAUUCAUGGUGGUCUGCCUGCCAAAUUGAAUUGCAGUUCGUCCUGUAUUUCACCGUAAGAGAGAAGGUCACUUUUUUAUUUUUUAUUUUGAGUUAAGGAAUGUAGAAAAAGUUCAAAAAAGGUCCUUGUAGUUUUUACAUAAAAAUUCGACUACUCUCACACUUGGUCUGACAGUUGAUCAUAUGAAUAUCGCAUUAUAUGUGAAUGCAAACCCAGCCCUUUUUAAAGUGAACCGAACUCAGAUCAUCUCAAGAGGAGGUCUGUGUAUGGAUGUUUAUAUGAUGCAUUGUAAAUGCAAAGCUCAAACACAACCACAAAUGUCCAAUUUUGAUAAAUAAAAAAAAAAGUUCCAAUUAUGUUUCUUUUACUUGUAAGACAAAAGUACUUAUCUAGUAAAAUGUCCAAGUGGCGCUUUUUCAUACACUGGAAGUAAAUGUUUUCUUUUUUUUUAAAUGAGCUUGGAUAUUUUGCUUUAUAAGACCUUUGUUGUUCCACAUAGGGGUCUCGCCAAUAUACCAGUAUUAAUAAAAAUUAGAUAUGCAUGUUACUUUUCCAGAUACAUUGCACCUUAAGGGUCCGUUCACACAAAAUGUGUCCUAUUUAAAAAAAAAAAAAAAAAAAAAAAAGAUACAGUGCACAGGCAUAGUUUAAAAAAAUACACAUUGCAGAAUGUGAGGGUCUCGAGAUGUGCUUUUAGGACAUGAUACAACAGCAGUUAAAUUCAAAUCUCCAGCUUCCGGGGUCUUCUGAUUGGUCCACUGUUUUGGAACUGACAUUGAUGAGUGGCGCUGCUAGUAAAAGUGAAAAUUCUUAGACAUGGCGUCUUAAUGCAGCGCUUGUGCAAGACGCUGCAACAAUGGCCAUACACGUCCAUCUAGCAUGUUUACAUAGAAAAACAAUGGAAAAGUAGGGCAUUGGAAUGGAAAAAAACGUGUUCUGUGUGAACGGUCCCUAACACUGAUUGCCACCUAGUAAUAACAAAACAAAUAUUUUGCCAAUAAGGGAGUUUUUUGUUAGACACUCCAGUCUGGAGGAAGUGGCGAUCUACAGUCUUUGUACACUUUUGUCUCUCUGCCUCCCUACACUAUUUAAAAUGUGAUUUAAUGGCCAAAAAAGAAAAAAAUAUAUAUUAUAAUAUCACCAUAAUCGUGUAGUAAAAAUCUGAGAUUUUGACAACCUAAGGGUAGCCUGACUAUGUAAGACUUCGUACUUCCGAGUUUGGUAUUACCAGGCUAACCUUAGGGCCAUUUCACACCAAGAACGAUAACUAUUACGACAACUAUAAUUAUAACUUUUUAUCUUUAGUUUUACAACGUUUUAAUAAAUCAAUGAGAAUAAUGAAAAACAAGGUGAAUCGAAGUCUACAACGAUAAAAACUACAACGAUAACGGCACAGAAGAACAGUAUUUCAGAAUGUUUUUUUAUUUUACAGCUAAUGAUCUCUAAAAUCAAAAUCCAUCCAACUUUGAAGAGCGUGAGCAUUUAAAUCGGCAGAUGACGUUACUGCAGUAAGCGCUUAUAAUAAACAGAACAUUAUUGUGCAUUGAUGUGGACACUAAUAUAGUGUAAUAUAUCGUAAUUAUAUCGUAAAUAUAUCGUAAAUAUAUUGUAAAUAUAUCGUAAUUGCUAUCAUUCUUGGUGUGAAUGGGUCUAUAGUUACCCUUACGAAAAAGUCCUUUAGUUGACAAUAUAAGGGAGAGUAAACAAUGACAUUUUAAGGUUCCACAAUGGUUCCGUAUCCUCCUAAACUAAGGACUUUUCAAUCCAGCAGCAUGUACUAACUAACAGACCUUCUCCUUUUAGCUUGACAAAUAUGCACUUCAAAGUAUUCAUUGGGUAGUUCUUUACUCUGCAUGCAGUCUGAACACGGAUAUUGACCAUUCUUCCGUAAAACACAUUGCUUCCCUGGCUGUCAUUAUGGAAUAGUUUAGAGCAAACUUACAUAUUCAAAAAUAACAGUAAAUUCUCUAUUCAAAUACUAAUAAAAACAUACUGUCCUUAAUGUGAUUUUGUUAGGGGGAUGUAUAGACAGUUAAAAUUGCUCAAAUUUAUCAUAAUUUUAAAUGUUAUACUUUGCUCUCAGGUCAGUUUGAAUUGUUUUUACUAACUUAUUACAACAGAAGGCUUCCAAAUAUAAACUGUUCCUAGUUUCAGCCAACUGGCUGGUUAAUGUGGGCAGCUGUAGCUGUAAAUCAGCCAUGCUUUAUGCCUGUUGAGAUUAGCGGAAGGACUCUUUGUUUUUGUGAUAGACGUGUUACACAGUUUUUGGGGCUAGACUAGCUGUUUUCUGAACAAUGUUGGAUGUGGAGUAUAACGAAGGGGUACAGAAAUGACACACUUCACUGUUAAACUGUGAUUUAGGUUUUUUUUUCAUGGUAACAAUGACUCAGCUGUGGAGAGUUUUAUUAAAACACAGUUUUGUUGGACAACCGUGCCAAUUAUUUAGAAAUUAGUAUGAUAUUUCUUUCAGGAGCCUAAAUGCAUGAGAAUAUGAGAAUAUUAGCAUCAUUUUAGGUAAAGGAGAUAUGCUAGAAAUAUAACUAUAUUUAAAUGUGUGCUUGCUCAAUUUUAGAGGUAAAAAGGCGCCAUAUUCAGUUUGAAAUAGAAGUAACCCAUUUUUAAUUCGAAUUUGUAAUUUCAUUCAGUAUUUUAUGGCGGGCUGGGACCUCCAAAUACUCAAUUUCUAGCAUUGUGGAAGAUGUUUUAUUUUCCUUUUAACUCAUCAUUUCAUAUUCCAAAUCCAUUUUGUAUUAAGUUAGUUACUUUACAUGCGAGGUUGUAAGUGGUCUGGACUUGUUAAAUAAACUUGCGUAGAUUGUCUGUUAGAUUCGAAUCCUUUCAUUUGUUCGGUGAAUUAUUUAAAAAUGUGCUUUAUAAGACUGCCAUUAUUUUAUGAUGUUAAACUUUGUGGGACAUUUAGUGGCACUGGCAUUGGCCUUUACCGGUUCACUAAUAUUUAAGUGAACUUACAGGCUAAAAGUGGUUUCUUAAUGUCUUUUUCUAUUCUCAAAAUAUGUAAUGUGUUGUUAUUUGAAAGUAAGAGGAAAAUUAAUAUAAUACUUGUGUGUGAGCUGUAGUAGAAUUUAUGCUGUAGUUUGUUAAAGGGUCAAAGAGGGGCAGACGAGAAAAACUACUUUGACAAAUGUCAUUAAAUGAGUGGAUUUCCCUGUAAAGCAUUUCUGUUCAACUCUUGGUCACUUGUAAAAUAAUUUAUUAAUUUAUUAUGUGUUUUGCAGGUGGACGAUAGAUGUACAAAGAAUGAACUUGUGGCUCUACUAACAUUAAUUUAUGCUAUAUGUGCUGAUUUUGUGAAGCAAUAUUCCAUGCAAAGCCAGUAAAAUGGUCAAAUGUGGCAUUUUUGAGAUGUCUGUCCUUUGUCAUGUUGUUCUGUGAUAUGCUUACAAAGUUUACCAAAAUAAUUUCAACUGCAGAAAAAAUAAAACCCAUUUUAUCAAACAA